AAAGAGAUAUCAAAAACAAAAUGGAUUCGACGCCGUCGACCAGGAGUAGAAACCGCAGUCCUCGUGUACCGCCAUCGACCCAAAAUCGUAGNCGUCCAACAACCCCCGUUCAGAAUGGCUCAACCGAGGACUGGAUAGAGCCACCGCUCGCAUCGCCCAUCCCCAGUUUUGAAGAGCAUGGAGGAGGCCCGUACGGAGUACUCGAAGAUAUGCAGGCUCUUGGCAGUCGGCCGACAGCAAAGGUCAGAGGCAGGGUGAAGCCAGACGCUCCUAAGAAAAGCGCUCUGGGCAAGUCUCUUGCCAACCCCAUGGCCACUGCAUCCAACCAAGGCACACCAGAAGCCACUCCUGCUCCUAUGGAAGCUCUCCCUGAACAACCACUGGUCAUUGUCGACGAUGAGCGUGAUGAUGAUUACACGCCACGUCCAUCCAAGAAGCCUGCGAAAGCCCGCCUCUCGCGCUCAGCUGCCAACACUGUCAAAUCGACCGCUUCGCCAAAGCCUACCACACCUUCAGUCGCAGCCUCUGACACUCCUGUACCUUCAUCCGUUCCUACCCCUGUCGCUUCGGCCACACCAAGUGCUCCUCCUCCAGCUUCUGCCAAGCGCCCCUCACAAAUCACCAGGCCAAAAUCUGAGGAAGUUGCUGAACACCUGGAGUCAUUUGACAGGGCCAUCCCACUACCAUCAACACCUCAACAAAUUCAUUUGCAUAGUAUCGUAAAAGCUGCCGUCAAAAAAUCUAUCGAGGUUGGGAAUAAGUAUCUCGGUCUCGCUAUCCAGGAAGUCUUUCUCCAAAGCUUUUCAAAGCCCGAAUUAGUGCGUUUACUGCAAGGCAUCCUCGACCAGACCUCCACGCCCCAAGAAAUCCUCAUCUUUAGAGAGCACAUCAACCAGGCCAAAAAGAGGAUCAAGGCUCAAGAAUUGAAAAUCAAGGAGGUCCGCUUCCGCGAAAACCCAAGAUUUCACUUAAGGGGCCCAAGAAAACUACACAGAGUGUUGUCNAAUCCUGCCGAAACGCCAACACUUCCUCCACCCACAAAGAAACCGCGCACAUCAAGCGUCUCGAGCUCUUCGUCCUUAUCAUCACUUACCUCCAUUGAAGAGGAAAUGCCUCCUCUUAACCCACCUGCAGCAGCUUCUACUUCGCUCAUGGCCCCUCCGGAAAUGAACGGCUCUGUCAAGCGCUCAUCCAUGGAAGCAGGAAAUGACGAGAAUGAUCGAAAGUUCCAAGCAAAGAAGCAGAAAUUCGAACAGAAAGUCAACCGUGAUGCUCCUACAGAGGAAAGCCAUGUGCGACCAGAUCUACCCGUCACCUCCAGCGCACACCAAAAUCUAAUCGUGCCACCUGUGCAACUCAUCGCGAAUGGAGCCAGCAGCAAAGAUGUCUCAAACGGUGCAGUAUCGCCCCUGACUGAUGUCUCAUCGCUAUCGUCUGCAUCGCGCAACAACACACCCAAAAGAGCUUCUAUGCCUGCUAAGGUGAUGAANAAGAAAGCCAAAACCAAGCACUCCGGGUUUCUUCUCUGCUGUGAUGGCUGCGACAGUUCAUUCCAUCUGCACUGUCUCGAUCCUCCCUUAAGUCAAAAUGCGCCUGAAUUGAACGAGGCUUGGUACUGUUUCGGCUGUACCGCAAAGCGCGCACAACCCCAGAGACAGUCUCGUGGCCUCUUUGCUGCUUUGCUUCUCAACCUUGAGAAGCGCAAUCCAUCAAACUUUGUACUUCCGCAAGACAUUCGUGAAUACUUUGAUGGUGUCGCAACCGCUAAGGACGGCAAAUUCGUAGAGCAACUUGCUACAAAGACUCGAAGAGGAGCUGGUUACGAAGAGCUGCCUGACCACUUCAAAACAAAGGAUGCUAAAGGGCAAGCUAUCUUGUGUUACAAUUGUUCUCUUUCGUCGCUUGGUCGGCGUGAGAUUAUCACCUGCGAUCAGUGUAGUGCUCACUGGCACCUUGACUGCCUUGAUCCGCCUCUUGCCAAUGCUCCUUAUCGUGACCACACUGGCAGGAAGAUUCGCGACUGGCUCUGUCCCCUUCAUGCUGAUCAUGUGCUUCGCCAGAUGGAGGUGCCACGUCUGGCUGACCGACAAUUCCAAAGAGAACGAAGAGUACACAUGCGUAGACCCCGCGCUGCGAAGGUCAUUGAUACGGCUCUCAGUCGCGACUUCAUCAACGAUGGCGUGAUCGAGAUAGCUAAUGACUCGAGUGAUGAUGAGUCCGAAUUCGAAGAGAUUGACGUUGCUGGUGUUGUCUAUCGCCUUCCCGAGAAGGGCAUCAAGCUUGAUUUCAUUGACAGAGUUAGACGAAACCGAGCAGCCGAACAGUAUUACAACAAUCGCCAGGCCCACUCUCGUCCUAACAAGAGAAGGAAGGUACUACACCACGACGAGAAGAACAGCUUCUUCCGUCGUUCCUUCGCAGAGCAGCGUACUGCGCUUGACUUGGUUGGUCUUGCCAAUCAACAAGCUGAUCUGAACUUCAACGGAGAUCAAGUCAGCAGUCUGCUUACCACCCUUAUCGCACCAGCCGACGUGGUUGAGCAGAUGAUCGAAGCGGAGAAGGCGGCCAAGUCGUCUGACACAGCGGGCCCUCCCUCGCCUCCGGAAUCAGACCAACAUACCGAGCAAAGCGCAGCCCAGCAACGCAAGACACUGGAGCUGCUCCAGACGCUCAUUGCAAGAAAGCUUGCCACCUUGCCUGAUCAG